AUGUACUUGAAAGAAGGGAAAACAGAGGUUCAUCAAAUAACACGACUGAGAUGUCAAACAUAUUUUGUUAUAGAAUUUGGUCUUGUGGAACGAGAGCAGAAGAUGAUUAGAGUGAAUGAAAGGAGGCAGUUGGAGAAGCCUCUCCCAUUACCAUUCCCCUCCAUACCGCUGUUAAAUAAUCAAGAGCCACGCUUCAAGAGUAAAAACGUAGUUCGAAUCGAAAAUAUAACAGAGAUACCAUCGAGUCCUAAAACUCAAAAUAUUUCAAUAGAAUUGAAGCGCGAACAACGGAAGGUUGGUCGUGUUAAUGUAAUCGACAGAUUCCGAUAG